UAAGGAACCAUAAAGUUGAUAUACAGUGUACGUGAGGGAUCAUGGCAGGUUUCUACAGUUGUCUGAAGAGUAACAACGACUGCAUCAUGGCGACUGGACCGGUGGAUGUCCUAGAGCCGAUUGAGGCUGAAGAAACAGGAAAGAAAAAAUCCAAGUUUCAGACUUUCAAGAACUUCUUUGCCAAGAAGAAGAAGAAGAAGGAGCCUUCGUCUCCCGAGGCAGAGAGCACACUGAAGCCGAGCCAGUCCAGCAGUGACAUCAGCGCGCCUCACCUCGACUCCAGCAUGCUGCAUUUACUGGCGGAGCCCGGAUCCAAAGGAAGCAUGGGAAAUAAAGCCUUAUCGCAUGAUAGCGUUUUCAUUUUUGAAUCGCCACCAGAUACAGCUGGCAAAACAUCCUCACAGGAGAACCUUCCUGGGAAAGUGAGAGCUUUGCAGCUUAAGUUCCAACAGACUCUCCAGCUCAGGUCGCCACCUCUGGUUAUUGCUAGCAAGAGAACAGAAGACGCAGGCACCAUUUCCGAAGAUGAUGGCUUACCCAGAAGCCCUCCAGACAUUUCCACUCUCCAUGACGUUCUGACUUCCACUAGUAAGUCCUCCAACCCUGUUCAGCGACAUAGCUCUUUGAGUUUAGGUGGGACAGACAGUGAAGAUGACCAGGUACCCUCGGAAGCUUCCUCCAGGCCGGUUAGCCCACUCUCUUCCAGCGUCCUCGCAAGCCCCGUAUCACCAACAGGCCGCUUGCUUUCUGUCGAUUUCAACACCCCAGCUAUUCCGCUGGGCUGCCUGGAUACCUCGGCGGCCAGGCACAAAAUUGCACUUAAUCGACGGAGGCAGAAGGCCUUUAACAACAAGACUCAGGCAUCGGCUGUGGAAAAGCUGGAGAAGGAGCCAUGCCUUCCCAGAGCUGCUGAAGGCAAAGCAAGCCCCCCCAAAUUACUUGAAGAAGCCGACUGCCCAGAGGAGAAUUCAGAAGGCUCAUCAAUCCAGAAUACCAAUCACUUAAACGAGAGUUGGAUUAACAAUGCAGUGCCCAAGAAAAGGACCUUCAAUCCUUUGCGUUACUCUUGGAAUUUUCUCCCUGGCCCAGGUGGGAUUUGUCUCUCAGCACCAGAGGACUGCAACGUUACAGAAACAGAUUUCCAAGAUGACACAGCAGCGUCCUCUACAAGUGCAGAGUCUUCUCCUGCAGAGAUAGAACCGCAAAUGGAGGAGGAAGGGGUAGAAACGACUCAGAAUUGUAUUGAUGGCCUCAAGCAAAAUCCGCAGAACACUGGGAAAGAAGAGUUUGAGAUUUCUCAACCUUUACAGACAGAAACAGAAGCUGUAGUGCUUUGGGAUACAUUAUUUUCUGCCUCGCCUGGUAGCAACAUAGAAAAGGACUUUGAGUCACCAGCAGAAUGUAUCCAUGAGCAGUGCCCAAAACAUGUAGAUCAAAAAGCAACCGGCUCUACGAAUGGCAACAAUGCAAUCCAGUUUGAUGAAGCACAGGAAAGACCUGAGGGUGGGCACGAUGGUGUUGCCUGUGGAUCCAGUUCUCAGUUGUACAUCCCACAGUUUUCUACAUCUGCUUCAGAAACUCCCUCAGAAGCAGGGAAGUCUACAGACCCAGAACCUGAAAAGAGCUCAGCCUUCGAAGAUGAUACAGCAGAUGUGGAACAUCAGCCUUCUGAAGACCCCGUGAAGCCGUUGGUGUCUCCGCAGAAAGAACCAACCACAUUGGAAACCAAUUUAGACAGCACCGAGGAUAAAAAACUGUGUCUCCCAACAGAAUUUUGCCGCUCUGUUCUGAACAAUGACCCGGGCAGUCAAGAGACAGAGCUCCUCAAAAAAGCGUGUGACUCUACUGUGAAAAAUGAAGUACCCUCUGGAUCUGCUGAAGCUGCUUCUGAAAGCACCCCUCCUAAUGAGGAUGCCAGAGAAGAUCAGUCAGAUAGUAUGAAAUUAGAAGAAGAAAACGAAUCACCAGAUGAGAUUGCCCAGACCCAGCUAAAAUCCAGUUCUACUAAACCAGUCAGGUUCACCAUUGCUCCUGCCUGGCAAAGGUCUCUCUCAGGGGGUUCAAAUUCCUUAGAUGGUUCAUGCCCUAGAAGCUCCCCCUCGUCACCAGUAAAACCAGAGUUUUUUGAAGGAAUACCCGAUACAGCCACAACGGGAUGUACACCAAACAGCCUGGAAAGACUCAAUGGGGAGAACAGAAACACUGCAGCCAGUGAGUGGCCAAAGGAGGAGCCACAGAGCCGUGAGAGCCCGUUUGGGGUUAAGCUGAGGAGAACAUGCUCAUUGCUAAAAUACCACACUGAGAAGCAACAUCAUGAGCCCCGAAAGCUGGGUCUGUUAGCCGCUUCUAGUAUCUCCUCUGCCAAAGACAAGCUAAACUCACUUGAGCCUGAGCAGCCACCCCAAAAGCUUACCAGCAGUGCUAAACCUUUGGUGGUAAAAUCCAGCUUCCGGGAAGAGAAAAACACCAGCAAGGCUAAACCUGAAGAAGUGACAGCCAAGCGGCAGAUAAGCAGACUUCCAGAGAAAAUUCCACCGGCCCAUUUAGAAACUCCGUCUUCGGAACCAGCUUGGAUCUCCAUGGCGAAACUCAAGAAGAGGGGCUUCCAGGACCUCCCUCUUGCCAAAGGACCAAAAGAGGAAGAGAAGGCCUUAGCCCAAACUGAGCCAGGGGAGAAGAAUACUGGUAAUUCUAAGCCCCAAAAGCAACCGGAUGCUCCCUAUGAGAAUUUACUGAAAGAGAGCGGGGCUUCUCCAGUGUGUACCCGUGAGAAUAAAGUACAAACGAAGAUGACCACAUCCUCUCCAAAUGCACCAGUCAGAAGGGUCCCUCAGGAAUCCACUUGCGCGGAAAAGGAAAUGAGGACUUCGCUGAGCCUGCCGAUGUCCAUGUGCAGCCCUGCCGAACCCCCCUGGUUGUUUCUGGCCAAGAAAAAGGCCAAAGCGUGGAGUGAAAUGCCCCAGAUGGUUUAGUAGCAAAGCCACUCCGGAGGUGUGGUCCACACUGCCAAUAGCUGUAUUAAUAGCGUUUAAUGAUGUGUCCUCUGUG